GGUACCACAACUGCGCAUUUCAUCCACUGAGAGCCUGCUGGAGGAGGAGAUACGCAUCAUAUAUACCUAACCAACCGUCUUUCUGGAUCACUCUGCUGGUCGGAACCGAUCACGGGGCACGUGCGUGCAGUGGAUACGCCGGAGCGCUGUGAUUCGUGGACUAAUUGCGGGGCGCUUGCGGGAAUACGAGGAGCAUCUCUGUGCACGAGAGGGAAUAAAUCUCGUUUUCCUGUCCGUCUCCACACAGACUUCGAUUUAGAGGGCAUUUAUUUGGUACUAAAAGUGAGAGAACGAUAUCAGGAAAGAUGUUACAGACGACAUUAGGGGGUUAGAGGUGCUGAGGUUCAUCCCAUCACUGAAUAUGGAGUAAAUUCCCACGUCUUCUCUUAUUUUGACUCGGAAUACAGUGAACGGGAGCGCGUCACGAAAUCUGCUCUCGAAACUCUUGCUGUAGGGCAUUAUACGGCUCACAUUCAAGGGAGAAAUCAUUCCAUUCACAAGCAAUUGGAUGAGAGUCAUACUUGCCCUUGGCAACUAAAGAUGACGUUACUAUGGAAACGACUUGUGGUGCUAUCAAUCAUUGGCUGCCUCGCAGUCUCAUCAGCACAUGCAGAAGACACAAAUUUUCUUGGUCCAAGCUGGAGAAAGGAACCCAAAGAUCUGAUACUGCCCAUCCACUCUCCUGAGCAGGAGGCUGCUUUAGCUUGUGAGGCAUCGGGAGUCCCUUCCCCUCAGUACAGAUGGUCUCUAAACGGAACGCUCAUUGAUCUUCGUGGUGACGAGAGGCGUCGCCUGUCUGGGGGUAACCUGAUCAUUACCGACCUGGAUCGGGACCAAGACAGCGGUGUCUACCAAUGCACUGCCUCCAACACCCGGGGAACCAUUCUCAGCCAGAGAGUCACACUACAGUUUGCAUAUCUGGAAAGCUUCAAAACGCAGACAAGAAGUGCUGUGAAUGUAAGGGAAGGCCAAGGGGUUGUUUUGUUAUGUGGCACACCUUUGCAUUCCGGAGAGCUCACAUUCACCUGGGUCUUCAAUGAAUACCCUCACUUUGUCCAGCAAGACAGCCGGCGUUUUGUAUCCCAAGAGACGGGGAAUCUCUACAUAGCUAAAGUGGAACCGUCUGAUGUUGGGAAUUACACCUGUGUGGUUAAUAACACUAUUACCAAGGAGAGGGUGUUCAGUUCGCCAACACCUUUAGUUCUGAGAAAUGACGGAGCGAUGGGAGAGUACGAGCCCAAAAUAGAGCUUCAUUUCCCCGACACCAUUCCAGCUGCUAAAGGAUCCACGCUGAAGCUAGAAUGCUUUGCCUUGGGAAAUCCAGUUCCCAAGAUCAGCUGGAGAAGAACCAGUGACGUUUCGUUCCCAAACAAAGUCAAACUGAAAAAUUCUAACGCCAUUCUGGAGAUUCCGAGUUUUCAACAAGAGGACACAGGGACAUAUGAGUGCAUAGCGGAAAACAGUCGCGGAAAGAAUGCUGCGAGGGGUCGUGUGUCUUUCCAUGCCACACCUCAUUGGCUGCAGACGAUGACGGACACAUCAUUGUCCAUUGAGGAGAAUCUGUUUUGGGAGUGCAAAGCAAAUGGGAAACCAAAACCCUCAUACAGCUGGCUGAAGAAUGGAGAAUCUCUUAUGUCAGAGGGCCGAGUGCAAAUAGAGAACGGCGCUCUCUCCAUCUCCUCGCUAAACCUCUCAGAUGGCGGGAUGUAUCAGUGUGUGGCAGAGAACAAGCACGGCAUCAUUUAUUCCAGCGCCGAACUGAUGGUGCUUGCCUCUGCUCCCAGCUUCUCCCAGAAUCCUCUGAGCCGAGUGCUUAAGGCUCGCUCGAGUAGUGACGUUAGCCUAGAUUGCAGGCCACAUGCUUCGCCCAGAGCCAUUAGCCUGUGGAAAAGAGGGACUGAGAUACUGCAAAGAAGCGAAAGGAUUUCUCUCUUCCCAAAUGGGACUCUUAAGAUUGCCAACGUAACUAAGCGAGAUGGAGGUACUUACACAUGCAUCGCUAAAAAUCAGUUUGGCACAGCUAGCACAACAGGAAGGCUGAUAAUCACAGAGCCCACGAGGAUCAGCCAGGGCCCCAGCAGCAGCACAGAGAUCACGGUGGGUGAGAGCAUCGUGCUGCCCUGCCAGGUGACUGCCGAUCCAGCCUUGGACGUGGCCUUCUCCUGGGCCUUCAACGGUCAGCCCAUUGAUUUCCAUCAGGACGCCAACCACUUCGAGCGAGUGGGAGGGAGCUUUUCCGGUGAUCUUAUGAUUAGAAACAUCCAGCUUAAUCACGGUGGGAAGUACGUUUGUCUCGUUGACACAGACGUUGAGAGUUUGUCUGCUGACGCAAUAUUGGUUGUUAAAGGUCCCCCCAGCCCCCCAGACUUGGUUGUGGUGGAGGAGGUCACCGACAGCACGGCCCAGCUGUCCUGGAGCCCAGGCCAGGACAAUGGAAGUCCCAUUACUGGAUAUGUCAUCCAGGCCAGGACUCCUUUUACUGUUGGCUGGCAAGCUGUCGACACAGUUCCUGAGGUGAUCAAUGGGAACACUCUGACUGCAACCGUGGUGGGUUUGAACGCUUGGGUGGAAUAUGAGUUCAGAGUCCUGGCCAGUAACAGUGUUGGGAUGGGAGAGCCCAGUCCCCCGUCUACCAAGAUCAGAACAGAAGAUGCUAUGCCUGACAUAGCUCCCACUGAUGUCGGAGGCGGAGGAGGUACCAAAUCGGAAUUAGUGAUAACAUGGGAGCCUGUUCCAGAGGAGUUGCAGAAUGGAGAGGGCUUUGGUUAUAUCAUCGCUUUCCGGCCAGUGGGAAUGGUCACUUGGACCCGCGCCGUGAUCUCGGCACCCAGUGUCACCCGCUACGUUUUCCGAAAUGACACUAUCCCACCGUUCUCGCCAUUCAACGUCAAAGUGGGAGCGUUCAACAACCGCGGAGAAGGACCUUUCAGCAGUAUUGCAACAGUGUUCUCUGCAGAGGAAGUGCCAAGCGUAGUGCCGGAGAGAGUGUCAGCAAAAAGUCUGUCGGCGGCCGACAUCGAAGUUACCUGGGAGCCAAUUGCGUCGACCCCUGAAAGAGUUCUCGGAUAUGAGGUGGUGUACUGGGAAGAUGACACCAAGCCGGAUACAGUGGGUAAAGUGCGGAUCACUGGAAACUACACAGCAGUGAAUGUCAGCGGCCUGCAGGGGAACACUCAGUAUUAUCUAGCGGUGUGUGCCUUCAAUACCGCAGGAACUGGCCCCCAGUCUGUCCCUGUCAAUGUCACCACCAAAAAACCACCGCCUGGACAGCCCCCUCAGAAUGUAGAGUGGAAUCUGAUUGGCUCUCAGCUCGUGCUGCAGUGGGAUCCCGUCAUCGCUCUCGAAACUGAAUCUGAGGUCACAGGAUACAUAGUGCUGUACAGAAGACACCGGAAUAACGACAUGUACUCCAUCAUCACCAACAAAACCUCGGUUGAGUUGACCCUCAAUCCGAACGACAACUACGUCAUUCAGAUCAAGACCCUCAGUGAAGGAGGCAUGGGGGAAGGAAGCGAGCCCAUCCACAUCCACCAACUCAGCAUGGGUGCCCGUGGAUCCAGAGCAGGAAGGCUGUGCACACUUUCUCUCUCUCCGCUCCUCAUUUGCGCUCUGUCGACGCUCAGUGCCUCCUGAUGUUUGCCUCCCUUGAGCACCAGACCCAGCCGCAACCAAGAAAAACACACGUUCUGCUCUUUGCUCAUAAAAGGCUUAUGUUUCCCAUCAAAAUCUGACCAGAUGGGAUUCCCCAGCUCCAGCAACAUGUAUGGAGGAGCCGGAUAUUGAAGUGUCAUGGGAAUGUUGGGAAAUUUAUCAUUAGUAAACAUGGCAGAGCCCUGCAAGAGAGUCAUUAUGGUUUUUGGGAUGAUAGAGUACUGCAAAAAAAACAAAAAAAAACAAACAAACAACAAAAAAAAAAAAAACAACAUUUUCUUAUCGAGUAUUUUUAGUUUCUCUUCCUGUAAAAAAUAAAAAAACUUAAAAUAAAAAAUAAACAUCCAGGAUAAAUUACCUUGAGGGAAAAACUGCAUAAAAUAUUAAGACUUGUUUUCAGAGAAUAUAGCUUGAAGUUUAUUUUCCUUAUCCCAUUGGUAAUUUAAUUUUUUUUUUCAAAUUUCUAACCAAAUCACUAUGCUUAAAACAAGGAAACAUAUUUUCCAAUGAGUUAAGAAAAAUAAACUUUGAAAACAAAUCUUAUUAAUUGGAAACAAUACAAAAUACUGUUUAAGGAAAAUACUUUUUGCAUAUAAUAUGACAGUUUCUUUGGCACCCUACACACAGGGGAAAAAAACACAAAACGCUUUUGUUCUUUGUAUAAUACGCUUCUUUAUGCAGUGUGCCAAUGCGUGCGUCAUCUUUUCCUCUGAUCCUUGAGAACAAUCAAUGCCUUAAAUUCAUGUCCGCACCAAAGUUGAUGAAAAUAGUUUUGCAGUUGAGGACAAGGGCUAAGAAAACAGUGUUGGUGGGAGUUGCUCUUAUAUGUAAUGCAGAUUUUUGGAUCUCUUGUGGUUUCAUUGCGCUAACUAAGUUCUGGGUCUGGGUUAACAAAGCCAAGCAUCGAUUUGUCCUAAUGGGAAUGUUCCAUUAGUUAAGAAAAGAGUGUCACCAUCCCGCCUCUAUUACAGUGCCAUCGACUCCAAAGGCUCCCUCUCAGUCUCUUUGAUGGGUAUUAGCAUUUUGUUCGACGCUUUAUGUCGGUUAAAUUAUUGAUGCGUUACGCAAUAGACACUCUACACAAUUAAGGCUUACUUUUCCUGUGAGUAUUUGCUCUGUAUAUGACAUCUAGCUGAACCAGAUUUAAACUUUUGUGUUAUUUGCAACCCAUUCAUGCCUUUUAAUAUAUACUGUAACAAAAUACAACAUACCAAAUUGUCAUUGAAUAUGGUUUGAAAGUUUCUGUCACAUAGAAAAGUAAGCUUUUGAAAGGCAUUAAUAUGCCUCACACACUUCCACCUGUACUUAUGUCCGUGAGUGUUAGUAAACUGGCAUAUAAACUGCAAAACAAGUUGUCAAAAACUAAGUGACAAGAUGUGGAACAUUGCUGGAAGGGUAUCAAAUUUUUAUAGCUCUAAUAGCCUUGCAGAUGUGAAGAGACUGAAAGCCUUGCAAACAAGUACAAGACUGAUGCGUGAAAGUCCCCAGAGCUCCCUACCAGUCUGAAAAAAAUCAGAGUUGUUCAAGGUGGUUUUCCAUCCUAAACCUGUAGUAUUGUUCAAAAGACACAGUAGGGUUGCACUAUAAAUAGUAUUUUUAUUGUGAUCACGAUUAUUGUUUCUGUCGAUUAAUUAAGCUUCUGCGUCUGUGAUAUUCGCCCACUGGUUAUUUAUCAUACUUUUUUUUUUUUUUGGCUUGCGUUAUCUUGCAUUGGUAACAAGCCUCUACAAGCUUUCAUGCUUGGGGUUGCCAGAUGUGCAGAACUUAAAUUCCCCAAUCAGAGAUUUUCUUUUAAAAGGACACAUUUUCUGCCCAGUGUAAUACUUAAUCUCCCCAAUCUGGCAGCCAUGUGCAUGUGCUCUCUCAAAACUGAGAAAAAAAAGCACUGAUAAUCUGAAAAAAAAAAAGUUCAGCAACAGGCCAUUUGCCAUGUUUGCCGUGACUAAAUCUGCAAUCAAACAUUCUCUGUGAUGAACUGUAAUAAAUCCAAACAUGGAUCUCGACAGUAAUGUUUGCGAUUGUGGUUGCUGAAUUGAUGCACUCAUGCAACCUCUGUGCCACAGUACAAAAUUAUUUUCGUUGUUGUUUUAAUAGAAAAACAUUAACAUAAUUUGGAAUUUUUAAAGCUAAUAUUAAGAAUUUCACACGUUUUAUAUUUUAGGAGAAGCUUCCUGUUUUACCAGUAUUUAUAAUGCAAUAUAAUGUUUAUUUGUUUUAUAUGAUAGGAUAAAUAUACAGUAAUGAAUCAGGAAAAUAGAUGAGGUAAAUUAAACUCUGUAUAUGAGCUGAUGUUUUCUUGCCUACAUGAAAAUACAAUAGUCCCAAUUAAAGGUACAAAGUAAUUCCUCAAAAUACAAGUAUAGUGAAAACAGCACAGAGAAUUUUUUAUUUAUUUUUUCCCAGCUGAUGAAUGAUAAAAACACUGACACCCAAUUAGAAUCCAUCCUGUUUUUACAGAGCUCAAACAUUUAAAAGGACAGACGACAAAACUGCUCAAGCUUAUAAUAAACAUAACAAUAUUGUGCCUUGGUGUUGGCGCUAAUAUAGUUAUUGUUUAUAGUUAUCUUUGUAGUUAUCACUCUUUGUAUGAAUGGACCUUAACAAUUGUGAGUAUACAUUUUGAGCAAAAUAUUGGUAAUAUUAUCGUGCAGCCACAUGAUGAUAUUGGAUUACUAGUAUAUUGGCGAUCAUGUUGAUGCCCAUCUAACACGCACUGAAUUCUGAAUUUCUCAUUUGUACCCUCAAUGAGACAAGAGGCGAGGCGCUUCGGGGGUGACCUUUUAAUGCCGAGGUUUGCUGCCAAGGAAUAGUGCCUUCACUGGACAAUAUGUUCCUGGCUCUGUCAUGGUAGUAUCAGGCUGUAGUGUCCAUAAUUUGCACUUGUUCUCCUCAACGUCAGAAGAAAGCACAAGGUAGUGAACCAAGGUGACAUAGCCUUCCUGCAAAGUCUCCAGAACAGGUGCGGCACAGCCCAUGAAGACAUGUUAAAAACGUUAGCGAAGGAGAUAAAAAAAGAUGCUGCAGUGUCCCAAUCAGGACAGCCUAUCUGUUCUCCUUCAAGCUUUCAUAAAGGUCUGGGAACCUUGAUUAGGCUGCAGUGGCCCAGUCAAUGGGAUAUCGAUUUUUCUGCUCUAUAUUGCGGCUGUCACAAUGCAGACUCUUGAUUGACUGAUGUCGGUGUUCCUGUCAGCCGUCUUGUGUGGAGUUUGUGCAUUGAGUGUCUGAGAUGUCCUUGCCCUUCUCCCAUUCAGAGAGUUUAAGUUUUAGCAGAAAGAUGCAGAGAACAAAGAGAAGCUUCUUGAAGAAUAAGUUACAUUUUGCAAUCCUACAUCUGUGUCAAAGCAAGAGAAAAACACAGAAACUACAUUUCAGGAUAUGCAGCCGUACAUGUUCAAAGGUCUGGGGUUGGCCCGGUACUUUCUUUCUUUCUUUUUCUCUUUAAAAGAAGUCUCAUAAACACAGACUUGGUGAAUAUUUGAUCAAAAAGUAAAAACAGUAAUAUUGCAAAACAGUAUUUAAAAUAACUGUUUUCUAUUUUAAAUUUAAAAUGAAAUUUAUUUAGGUGAUGCAAAGCUGAAUUACUCCAGUCUUCGGUGUUACAUGAUCCUUCAGAAAUCAUGCUGAUUUGCUGCUCAAGAAACAAUGUUGAAAACAGUGGUGCUGUUUAAUAUUCAUACCACGAUUCAUUGAUGAAAAUCAAUUAUUUUAUGAAUACAAAUUCAAAAGAACAGAAUUGAUUUGAAAUCGAAAUCAUUUGUAACAUUACAAAUGCUUUUGAUCAAUUUAAUACAUUCUUGCUGAAUAAAAAAAAAAUACUAAAUUCCAUAAAAUCCCUAUGUUAUAUCACAGAAGUAAAGUGGGUUGCAAACAUGACUUUAAAGCCUGUAUUAUGAACAGUUCUAAGUUUAUUUUAUGGUGUUCUUUGUAGUUCUAUAGUUGAGUUUGUCUUUUUGAAAUUACUAAUUAUUUAUAGUUCAUCUAUUAUUUUCAGACAUUGGGGGUUUUUUUCAGCAUAGGAAAACGAAAAUAGACAUUUGAUAUGUAAUAUAACUAUUUCAUAUUACAGUAAUUACAAAGUUAGCGCUGCUUAUCUCACCCCUUGUCACUAAUGAUAUGUUCGUUUUUCCAUGCUCUGUUUUUCCUCCUGCUCUCGGUUUGUUCUAAUGUGCCCCGACCCUCAGUUACAGUAUCUGCGUAAUGAUGCAUAUAAACACUGAAACAAUAAUUGUUGUUUAAUAGCAAUGAUUUCUUUGGUACUCUUAAAAUUGUGAAGUCUAAUUUGCCUAAUUUUGUGUACAAUGUAUAAUCAGUGAGUUUAAUUUCUACACGUUAUGGUUUCCCUUUGGCAAAACUUUGAUAUGAUAUAAAAAUCUGAGCUGUUAAUGACAGAUCUUAUCGCUACAAUCCAAUUAUGUUUCUAAGUAAUCUGAAAUGUAAAAUGAUGAUACCUUGGCCAGAUGUAAAUAGCGGCUAUAUAUUUUUAGAGUCGGCCAGCAUUGAUAACCUGACGUUUUCUACUGCACACGGCCCUGAGAAUUUAAUACUGGUGUAUUAAUGAAUAAUCUCUGUGAGAUGACUUACAUAUAACAUGACAUUUUCAUAUUGAAAAGUAACUGUUUUGUCUUGUAUACUAAAACUGUGCAUGUGGAAAAAUGUUUGGUGCAUAUGUGUUGAAUUUUAUAAUCCUGUUAAAAACUUAAUAAAAAUGUCA